AUGCUGCUGCUGGCUCGUCCCGGUCGAGGGUUAUAUAGCGCAGAGCGUGGAGCCCGCUCAGAGGCGGCCGGGAGCGCUCUGACUUGCAAGUGGCGCUUCGCUGCGGAGCCGGGUGACCGAGUGACAGCAGCAGGGAGUGCACGGCAGGGGGACACGACACCGCGGGGGCAGCUGCCAGCGUUUGGGCAGCGCUCGCCUGCGCCGAGCGAGUUGCCCCUUCCCGGCGCUCCCGCUGCCCCGCACCCCACCCUCCCACCCUCUCGCAACUUGGGUCAAGUUGACAACUCCCGCGGCGGCCAGCCGGCCCGUGUAGUCUCCGCCGCGCGCCCCUCCCCCGGGUGAAAAGGAGUCGCUGCGCCGGCUCCGGGAACUCUUGUGCAGCGGCGGCUUGGCCAUGAGGGCAGCGCGCGCCGCCUAACUCGCGGCUGUCACCGCCGCAGCGUCGGGACCCGCCGGCCGGGAGGGCGCUCCGGGACGGGCAGGCUGCUGCCUGCAGUAGGCGCGGAGCCCGGGCAGCUACCGCAGAAGGCACAGCCCGGGGCCGCCGCGCGGAGCCCGGGCGGGAGUGACCCCGCGCACUCCAGCUCGGACUCCAGCCCAGCGGGCACCUCGGGGACGGGCGCGGGACGCAGGCUUCUAGUACCGGUUGCUCUUACAGACUCUCCCGGGUGGGGAGCCGGGCUGUCCGGCGCGGGGUGGGCGCAAACGUGGGCGCUGGGCUCGUGCGUUGCCUCGGGCUUCGCGAUGAACAUCGUGGUGGAGUUCUUCGUGGUCACUUUCAAAGUGCUCUGGGCGUUCGUGCUGGCCGCAGCGCGCUGGCUGGUGCGGCCCAAGGAGAAGAGUGUGGCAGGCCAGGUGUGCCUGAUCACCGGCGCCGGCAGCGGCCUGGGCCGCCUCUUUGCCCUGGAGUUUGCCCGUCGUCGGGCGCUGCUAGUGCUCUGGGACAUCAACACUCAGAGCAAUGAGGAGACCGCGGGCAUGGUGCGCCACAUCUACCGCGACCUGGAGGCGGCGGACGCCGCAGCGCUGCAAGCUGGGAAUGGUGAGGAAGAAAUUCUGCCCCACUGUAACCUGCAGGUUUUUACCUACACCUGUGAUGUGGGAAAGAGGGAGAAUGUCUACCUGACAGCCGAAAGGGUCCGCAAGGAGGUUGGCGAGGUCUCAGUCCUGGUCAAUAAUGCCGGUGUGGUCUCUGGGCAUCACCUCCUGGAAUGUCCUGAUGAGCUCAUUGAGAGAACCAUGAUGGUCAAUUGCCACGCACACUUCUGGACCACAAAGGCUUUUCUUCCUACCAUGCUGGAGAUUAAUCACGGUCAUAUUGUGACGGUUGCAAGUUCCUUGGGAUUGUUCAGUACUGCCGGAGUUGAGGAUUACUGCGCCAGUAAAUUUGGAGUCGUGGGUUUCCAUGAAUCCCUGAGCCACGAGUUAAAGGCUGCUGAAAAGGAUGGAAUUAAAACAACGUUGGUUUGCCCUUACCUGGUAGACACAGGCAUGUUCAGAGGCUGCCGAAUCAGGAAAGAAAUUGAGCCUUUUCUGCCCCCUCUGAAGCCCGAUUACUGUGUACAGCAAGCCAUGAGGGCCAUCCUCACCGACCAGCCCAUGAUCUGCACCCCGCGCCUCAUGUACAUCGUGACUUUCAUGAAGAGCAUCCUCCCUUUUGAAGCAGUUGUGUGCAUGUAUCGGUUCCUAGGAGCGGACAAGUGUAUGUACCCUUUUAUUGCUCAAAGAAAACAAGCCACAAACAAUAAUGAAGCAAAAAAUGGAAUCUAAGAAUCUUUUUUGUGUGGAACAUCAUUUCUCUCAGAAGACGAUCAGGAUGUUUCAGUUCAGUGCACAUCAGCAUUACUGACAUUCUCUGGAUUCUAAAUCCGUGUUGACUUUUUUAAAU